AUGUCCGAAGUGACCGCGUUAGAUCUGAAUAAUCAGAUUGUUAAAAUGCGGAAGGUCGUUGGUCAAGCGAAGUUUCGUCUUUCGAGCAAGACUAUCCGAAGGAUCAAGUUUCUUAAGAAAAAAUGUGAACAUUCGGAUAAAAGUGCAUCGCUGACACGAAAAAUCCAGCGUUACGUUGAAGAACUUCCGGUGAUUAGGCAAAUGAAGCCCGAUGAAGUUAGCAAAUUCGCUUUGGUGAACACCAAGUUGCUUAAUGAACUGAAGAUGCAGAAGGAAACGCCCGCAUCCGAUAGGGUUUUGUACAAACUCGCCACAUCUAGACUGAUGGUCGAAACUGUUGACGAGUACCGCGCCAAGCAUUCAAAUUGGCACCAGGAGAUCCCGUUCCUUUUGCAGCGCUUAGGGUUACAGUAUCAUCGGCGCAAAAAGACGGCCAACGCGCAUGUCCGUGUUUCUGACAAAGGCGACGAUGAUGAACACCAGCCUCAGAGCGAAGUUGGUGUUUCUCCUGCUUCUGUUGAGCCAUCCUCUGCAGUGCCUCCGAAUGUUCAGACUGAAAGUAAUGUUUCACCUUCGACGAAUCCCCAUGAAAAUUUGCUGGGCAGCAGUGCUUUAAAACCGUCUAACAGCUGCGAGCCUCAUUUAAAUUUCAAAGAUGAAGAUGCAAUGCAUGGCGAUAAAGAGAUGACUGAAAAGAAUCCAAAAUCUAGUCAGAAACGAGUAAUGGAGGUAAGUGAUGGUGACGAAGUUCCUACUACAGAUGCGAGCGGGACACCUUCGCUGUUGGAACGGCUGAAAGUACAACGGAAGAAAGAAAAGUCGUUUUCAAGAAAAAAGAGAAAACAACAAACCAAGCUUGGCAAUGUCCUGGUGGGUGCUUUGGCACCAAAGGUUCCGGUCGAGGGACGAGUGGGUGAGAUGGAAGUGCGAAUGAUACACUUGGAACCGGCUAGAGAAGCAACGGCACCGUUGCUGCCAGAUAAUAUAUGCCGUGAAGACGCGAUAGAGCAGUCAGCUUCUGCUGCUGCUUCUUCAGAAGACGAAGAUGACCCGUUCUUUUCGGCGAAUGUCUCUUCAGUGUCUCAGAAUUCUUACGUCAUGUCAAAUGUCCGUGAAGAAAGGUUCGAUAAAAAAGAUUCACCACUGGAAAGGAGAGAGAAGAAGGAGAUGCGUUAUGCUCGCCGCUUUACGCCACGCCGACCAUUGGCGAAUGCCAUGAGGUACAAACUAAAUUGGACACAAUGA